AUGGUUCAAAGACUUACCUACAGAAGAAGAUUAUCUUACCGUACUACUUCUAACGCUACCAAAAUCGUCAAGACUCCAGGUGGUAGAUUAGUAUACCAAUACAUCGGUAAAACUGGUAAAGUUCCAAGAUGUGGUGAAUGUGGUGUCAACUUAGCCGGUAUCCCAGCCUUAAGACCAUACCAAUACAAAAAUCUUCCAAAAUCAAGAAGAACUGUUUCACGUGCUUAUGGUGGUAGCAAAUGUGCCAAAUGUGUCCGUAACAGAAUCGUUCGUGCUUUCUUAAUUGAAGAACAAAAAACCGCUAAAAUUGUCUUCAAGAAGCAACAAAAAGAUUUAAAACAAAAGAAAGAUAAGAAAUCAUCCAAAUAA